AUGAUCUUCAGGCUGUUCCUGGCUCUCAACUUCUUCCCCUCUUUUCAAGCAACAACAGAAAACAAGAUUUUUGUGAAGCAGGUGCCGAUGCUUGUGGCGACCAACAAUGCAGUAAACCUUAGCUGCAAGUAUACUUACAAUCUCUUCUCAAAGGAGUUCCAAGCCGCCCUUUAUAAGGGAGUGGAUAGUGAUGUGGAAGUCUGUGUUGUGAAUGGGAAUUACUCCCAUCAACUUCAAUUUCACUCAUAUACGGGAUUCAACUGUGAUGGGGAAUUGGGCAAUGAAACAGUGACAUUCUACCUCCAGAAUUUGUAUGUUAACCAAACGGAUAUUUACUUCUGCAAAAUCGAGGUCAUGUAUCCUCCUCCUUACCUACGUAAUGAGAAGAACAAUGGAACCAUUAUCCAUGUGAAAGAGAAACAUGUUUGUGGAGCUCUCCCGUCUCCUCAGUCUGCUAAACCCUUCUGGGCAGUGGUGGCGGUUGCUGGAGGCCUGGCUUUCUAUAGCUUGUUAAUAACAGUGGCUUUUUGUGCUUGCUGGAUGAGGCAUAAGAGGAACAGGAUCCUUCAGAGCGACUACAUGAACACAACUCCCCGGAGGCCCGGACCCACCCGCAAACACUACCAGCCUUAUGCUCCAGCACGUGACUUUGCGGCCUACCGCUCCUGA